CAAAACAAAAACCUCAGAGAGUUAAGCAUCCCGAGCUCGCCCCGCCACCUUUCGUAGCUACUCCAUCAAUCAGAUCCUCUCGCCGCCCGCAGCUACCUUGUCCAUGGAGGCCGUCGCAGGGGCCGCCGGCAGCCAGCUGCUGUGCGUCGCCGCCAUGGCCGCGCUCGCCCUCCUGCUCUGCGCCUUCAUCUACGCCGCCUGGGUGUCGCCGGCCGCCACCAGGCGCCGCCUCCGCCGGGCAGGCUUCGACGGGCCCAGGCCCUCCUUCCCGUUCGGCAACCUGCCCGAGAUCACCGCCACGCUCAAAGCUUCCAACAAAGGAGCGCUGCCACUGGUGCCUUCGUCAUCGUCUUCCGGCGGCGAGCAAGGGAGUGCUGACAUGCACGCCAGCGUGUUCCCCUACUUCGCGCGGUGGCGCCAGGCGUUCGGCAAGGUGUUCGUAUACUGGCUGGGCACGGAGCCGUUCGUGUACGUGUCCGACCCUGAAUUCCUCAAGGCGGCGACGGGCGGCGCGCUGGGGAAGCGGUGGGGGAAGCCCGACUUGUUCCGGCGCGACCGGAUGCCCAUGUUCGGCCGCGGGCUGGUCAUGGCGGAGGGGGACGAGUGGGCGCGCCACCGCAACAUCAUCGCGCCGGCCUUCUCCGCCACCAACCUCGACGGCAUGCUCGGGGUUAUGCAGCGGGCAACGGACAGGAUGCUGGCGCGCUGGGCCGACGCCGUGGCCAAUGGCGGCGGCGUGGUGGACGUGGAGCGCGGCGUGGUGCGGAACGCGGCGGAGAUCAUCGCGGAGGCCAGCUUCGGCGUCGAUGUCGCCGACGACGACGAGGCCGCCGGCGCGCGGGUGUUCGAGAAGCUGCAGGCCAUGCAGGUGAUGCUGUUCCAGUCCAACCGGCUGGUGGGCGUGCCGCUGGGGAAGCUGCUCCACCUGCGCAAGACGUACGAGGCGUGGAAGCUCGGCAGGGAGAUCGACGCGCUGCUCGUCGACAUCAUCGACCACCGGCGGCGGCACGGCAACAACCGUAGUAAUAAUAAGGACCUGCUGUCGCUGCUGCUGGCCGGGAGCAAGUCGACGGAGCAGCGGCGCCACCUCACGACGCGUGAGCUGGUGGACGAGUGCAAGACCUUCUUCUUCGGCGGGCACGAGACGACGGCGCUGGCGCUGUCGUGGACGCUGCUCAUGCUGGCGGCGCACCCGGAGUGGCAGGACGCGCUGAGGGAGGAGGUGGAACAAGAGGUGGGCGGCGAGGCGAGCUCCCCUCUAGACGCGGCGGCUCUGGGGCGGCUGACCAAGAUGGGGUGGGUCAUGAGCGAGGUGCUGCGCCUCUACCCGCCGUCGCCCAACGUGCAGCGCCAGGCGCUCGAGGAUGUCGACGUCGUCGUGGGGGCGGCGCCGGACGGCAACAUCCCCAUCCCGCGGGGCACCAACAUGUGGGUGGACGUGGUGGCGAUGCACCGCGACCCUGCGCUGUGGGGCGACGACGCGCACCAGUUCCGGCCGGAGCGGUUCGCCAAGGACCCCCUCCACGGCGGGUGCCGCCACCGCAUGGGGUUCCUGCCCUUCGGCUUCGGGGGCCGCAUCUGCGUGGGCCGGAACCUCACCGCCAUGGAGUACCGGGUGGUGCUGGCCAUGGUGCUCCGCCGCUUCCGCCUCUCCGUCGCGCCGCAGUACCGCCACGCGCCAAGGAUCAUGCUCUCGCUCAGGCCAUCCGCCGGCAUCCAGCUCCAUCUCACGCCGCUCUGAUCCAUCAUAUCUCUAGUAGCUGCCUGCUGCAUGUGAUUCCUCCUAGUCCUAGUAUAAAAUGGACGGAGGUACAUGCACGCCGCUCAAGUACUCGUGCCAUUGUCUGUGCAAGAAUAUAUAUAAAAAAAACUAAGGUGUUUUUUUUUCUGAGGCAAAAUAGCACGGUACUCUGCCCAUUUCUAAACGUUUGA